UGAUAUGAUAAUGACGCCGUUGAUAAUUUUGAUCGGCGCAGGUUUCUGCUGAUUGCACUUGUACAAAUAAAAUACAAUUAUUCGUUUCAUAGUUUUCACAAAUAUUAAAGUUCUAAUUAAAAAUUAAGCGGUUAAUAUUAUGGAUUUAACAACAGAAGAAAUUAAUAAUACUGCUGCUGGUGCUGCUGAAGAAAACAAUACUACGGUAAUAACAACGUCAGCACCUCUAACAGGCAGUGGCGCAGCAACAACGACAACUGCAGUUGAUGAUUCUGAACUUAAUAGCAGCAGUAGUCUUCAAAGAAUAAAUUCAACGCCCCUACUUCCUCCAAAUGCGACAACAACAACAACAACAGAUGUGGCACAAAAUAAUGGUGGUGCCAGCGUUAGUGCUGGUUCAUCUGAGUCAUCGUCAUCAGUCAUAUCAGCCACCGCCAUGGCCGAUGAUACUUUACAUGUCGAAAUUUCCGAUGCCUUAAGUGAAAAGGAUAAAGUUAAAUUUACCGUACACACUCGCACCACUCUGCCGGGAUUCUCUAAGCCGGACAAUAAUGUUGUGAGACAGCAUGAAGAAUUUGUCUGGCUACACGAUCGUUUCGAGGAAAAUGAAGAAUAUGCUGGCUAUAUUAUACCACCUUGUCCCCCUAGACCAGAUUUUGAUGCUUCCCGCGAAAAACUACAGCGUUUGGGAGAGGGUGAGGGUAAUAUGACAAAAGAGGAGUUUAGAAAAAUGAAAACUGAAUUGGAAGCCGAAUAUCUUGCUACCUUUAAGAAAACCGUCGCUAUGCACGAAGUUUUCCUCAGACGUUUAGCCAGUCAUCCCGUCUUUCGCAAUGACCAACAUUUGAAAGUGUUCUUGGAAUAUGAUCAGGAUUUGUGUGCUAAACCCCGUAAAAAGACUGCCAUCUUUGGGGGUCUCGUCAAGUCUCUGGGCAAAACCACCGAUGAAAUACUUUUAGGUGUAACCGUUCACGAUGUCAAUGAUUUCUUCGAAAAUGAAUUUCAAUUUUUAACCGAAUACAAUGGACAUUUGCGUGAGGCCUCAUUGCGUACGGAGAAAAUGACACAACGUCAUAAAGAUGUGGGUGAGUGUCAUCAGAAAAUUUCGAAUGCUUUACGGCAAUUAUCUACCGCCGAAAAGGGUACAAUGGAAACAUUUUGCGCCAAGACUGCUGAUAUAUUUGAGAAAAUUAAGAAUCUGGAAGUACGUGUGGCUAGCGAUCAGGAUUUAAAACUUGGUGAUACCUUGCGCUAUUAUCAGCGCGACAGCGAAGCAGCCAAAGCUUUGCUUAUACGUCGUUUACGUUGUUUAGCGGCCUAUGAAGCCACUAAUCGUAAUUUGGAAAAAGUUCGUGCUAAAAAUAAAGAUAUACAUGCGCCUUUGGAAGUUCAAGAGGCCGAAGCUGCCCAGGCUGAAGCAUGUGAAAAAUUCGAAACAAUGUCGGCUUGUGGCAAGGAAGAGCUAGUGGGCUUUCGUAAUCGUCGUGUUCAGGCUUUUAAGAGAAGUCUAACUGAAUUAGCUGAUUUGGAAAUAAAACAUGCCAAAAAUCAAUAUGAAUAUUUACGUCAGUCCUUAUUGGCCUUAAAGGAAAUUUAAUAUUUGUUA